UAUAUUUUUUACUUAAAUAAAAAGAUAUUUGUAACUGAUCUAGUAAUCAAGAGACAGUAGUGAUAAAAAGAAUGAUAUGAUUAAAAAAUUACCUGUUUAAAAAAAAUAUAAAAGAGUCAUCAAGUGCACGUGCCAGUAUGAAAAACCGAUAUAUUGAACGUAUAAAAAAUAAAACAUUUAUAAACAGUUUAAAAAAUGAAACAUUUCUAAACCUACCAUAAUAGAAGACAUUUAAAUAUAUAUAACAUUUAAUUAAAAUGAAAAAAUAUUUAAUCCAAAAAACUUGGCGGUGCUAGAUCUCGGAACAUAAUAAGACAAUGAAAACAAAUAAUUUAGACCUGAAUUACAGUUUUUCAUACUGGCGCGUGCACUUGGCUUUAUAAUUUUUUUUAAGAGGUAAUUUUUUAAUGAUCUUUUUUACAUCCGUAUUUAUAUCUAUUGGAAAGUUUCGAAAAUUAUCAGAUCUUCACACCAAUUAUCAUUUCUACGAAUAACUAUUAUUAUAGGAAUUACUAUAUAUUUUAUUAAUGUUUUUUAAUAUUAAACGCUUUUAAUAUUGCUUGUAAAAAAGUAAGAUUAUCAUCCCAUUGGUAAAUUAAUUAUUAAAUUGAUUGUAUAUGUGUGUGCGUGUAUUGGGAGGGGGGGUGGUAAAUGGAUAAUUACAUAAAAUUAUCAAUUUUUCUAAUUUUUGGUAUUCAGAGCAAUUACUUAUUUCGGACGUUUUUAAAAAAGAUUUCUAUUGUCAUCAUCGUUUCAUUCGCAAGUCACCACCACAGUUUUCUUAAGUUGCGAUGCGACUGACGAAGAGCGAAACACCCAGAAGCAUCGGUACCAAUAUGGCGUGCGCAGGCAGAAGAGAUCCUGACGCAGUAACAGCACGGCGGCAGUUGGUUUCUAAUCGUCGUCAGUUAAUAUUUGACGGCUCUCGGAUAAAAUCGAAGCUUCGAUUUCACGCUACCAGACGGCAGUUUCAACGACGACCACGACGACGAAGAGUAGCAGCAGGCCUCCUCGCUCUCCUCGUGGAAGCGCACCUGUGUCAAGCGCGCGCCGCGUGUGUGUCUCGCUCACAAACUCACUGGUAGACGCAGUAACGACGAGGAACGAGCUCCAAGAACGUUGGAGCACACCGUGGAGCGUCGCGUGUAGAGUUGCAACAAGUUCCAAGUGGAGUACACCACAUAGCCGUUUCUUUCAACGUUUCCUCCUCAUCUUUCUCUUUCAUUGAUUUGACGUGAUGAAAGAGACACUGGUAAAACAGGAGAUCAAGAUGGAAUGGGAUGGUCAUCAUGCGGAUGAUAAUUCAUCGCAAGUUCCUGGAACGGAAGAUCAGACAGCAGGGAGUCCUCAAAGCGUAAUAACGACCAGAAGACAUGUGAGAACGAUUACGACCACUGGUCAUAUAACGGAGGGAAUCGCCGAAGUUGAUCCGGAAUCGCCAGAUUCCAAUUCGGUUACCGGGAGUCUUCAUCAGGGACUUCAGCAGAGAAAUGAGCAACACGAACAAGCUCAACAGCGUAAUUUCCAAGAGGAACAGCAACGAACUCAUCAAACGCAGCAGCAUUACGUGCAGAUUUCCCAUACGAGCAAUGAGGAUCAGCAACGAUCGACGGAUCAGCAACGCGUCGUUUACGCCACCAGCGGACAAGAAGUUCAAGUCGAAGUGUCCGAAGUGUCCUCCGAGGCUAUCACACUUACGGUUAAAGAACCGCCCAGGUAUGAGACACCUGCUCCAGACAGAAUGGAAGUAGACCGGAUAUACGCUUACUCCGAUGGUCACGAAGUCCGAAGAGAGAACCAUGUGAUCACCGUACAGGUAUCCGAUCAUCGACGAACCCAGCAGACCGCGCACCAAAGAUUUAGUCCUCACGAAAAUCAUCAGGCGUCCGGGACGAACGCUGGCACCAGAUAUCACCAGACGUCACCAGUUCUGACCACGACGGAGGACUAUAACGCCUCGGCGAUCGUUAGCCAGUCAGGAUCUACAGUCCAUCUCGGGUCACCCGCGCCGCCAUACUCGCCGCCAAUCGAUAGUAUACGUGCUGGUCAGCAGCAACAGCUCGUAGCAACGAGUUACGCUGACGCCAGCAGUGUUGUCAAAUACGAUGCCGAGACCACGGCCGCCGCGGAAACCAUCAAGGGUCCCAAUACGUACACCACGCUGGAAACGGUCGCUAUUCCUCCCACACAAACCGUUCAAUACACACAGUAUUUAUCGGGUGGCGAGACUUUUCAACAGGCACCGACAUAUAGUUACGCCAAGCCGGGAGAUCCCAUGAUCUUGGCGUAUCCACCAGCGACGCAACUUGGCUCGAGAGUUACCGAGGUAGAAUCAUCCGGCAGCGCAUACAUGAAGAGUGAUCCCACGUUAGCGUCAUCCUUGGCCGCCACCCGAGCGGUUCCGUUACACUACGAGCAACCUGGUUCACCAAGUUCCCAAGUGACUCUAUACAGCACAGGAGCGACGUCGUAUCAAUACGUGAAACCUUCCUCAGGUGAUCCUUACUGGCCAGGCGGCAGCACUCCCUCACCUCCGACUUUGGAGUACGUUCAGGGCUAUCCGGGCAUCACCGCGAUCUCCGUCAGCGACACUACCAAUGUGCAACUCUACUCCAACUGCAGUGGCGGAUACAGCGUUUCCGCGAGCGGAAAUGGGCCAUCUCCUGGGUGGGCCACUCUUCCGCUUCCCGGUACGGACGAGGCAUUCGAAGGAGCUAUCCUAUCGGCGGAACCCAAAGAAUGUGUUAACUGCGGGGCCAGUAUAACGCCGUUAUGGAGACGGGAUGGCACCGGUCACUACCUCUGCAACGCUUGCGGGCUCUACAAUAAAUCGAAUGGCAUCAACAGGCCACCCAUGCGAUGCCCCAAACCGAAACAGUCGGUUGCACCGGUAAACAUUGCUAACGUACGAAGGACAGGAGUACAAUGUGCAAAUUGUAGGACAACCAAUACAACCCUUUGGAGACGAAACAAUAAUGGCGAGCCAGUCUGCAAUGCGUGCGGCCUUUAUUUCAAAUUGCAUAACGUGAAUAGGCCUUUAAGUAUGAAAAAGGAAGGAAUACAGACGCGGAAAAGGAAACCGAAGAAUCAUUCGAGCAUCACAAAUCUACCCGGUCCUAGCGGUAUCCACAAGACCGAUAUCAAGUCCAGUCUACUUGUGGACUCGUUGCAGUUGAACAUGUACGCAACCGGGGGUGGGGGUAAUGGAGGGGUUGAAGAACAUUGUCUUCCUGUAGGUACACCAACUGGGACACAAUUAGGGCAUGCACACUCGCCUCUUGCAUUACCUACCGCCGCCGUGUUGAAUCGCCAAACCACUCUUACUGUGCCACCACUAGAACCAAUCACUAGUCAAUCCAGCAGCGACAUCACCUCGGUUAUAACAUCAACUACAGCUGCCCAUGCUGAGAAAUCGUGAAUAUCAUUCAGUUCUGUAGAAAUCUGUAGGAACUCUGUACUUGCCGACCGUAGCUGUAAUACGACCGCAUUAUCGAUUUUAUUAUUGGUUUCUCAACAUCGAAAUACGUUGCUUAAUCAUUAAAAAAGCGAUUGUAUUAAUUGCAAAUAGAUAGAAUUAUCCUGUACAAAGAGAGAAACAACGUGUACGUUAUAAAUGUUUGUAUUUACUUGGAUAUUUAGCGCUGAAGAAAAGCAUCUUUGAUAUGAAAGAUGAUGUUUAGUGCUAAACGUUCCGCAUCAAUACAAACCAAAGGAGUCACUUCCACCUCAAUAUCUAAUUAUCUAAUUUUUCGAAUUAGAAAACAAUUUUUGAAAUUGUGUUCCUAUCGCUUAUUUAUAUUUAUUCUUAGGUAUUAAUUGUCAUACCUAAUCUUCUAUUUCAGCUCUUGAGGAUUCAGUAACGUGGCACAUUGUAACCGAUGCAUUUAUUCUAUUCUUUUAUUCCUUUGCUUUUUGUCGUGUGAUUUUUGCAAAAUAAAUGUUUCUUAGGAUCAAUACAAUAUCGGUAACACUUUCCUACAAUUUCUUCUUAGGAUCCUGCGUUACCGAUAUUGCAGACUAUGUCGCAGAGAAUGUCUGAACUGAUACGCUCCCUACCAGGAAAAACGGACAAGAGAAAGGAAAAGAAGACUGCUUUGUGUGUUACAUUAAGAAGAAAUAAAAACUGUACAAUCUUCUUUUUUUUAACUUUAGUUUGAAAUUCACUUUUAAAUUGAUUCUUGUGUCUAUUUUUAGAUACAUAUUGCAAAAGACUGCCUUCUUUUUCUUUUUUAGCAAAUACGUUUUCCCAUUAUAACUGUUGAUAUCAGGCAAUGCGAUGUACCAGGCAUUUCAAAUAUAAAUUUUUAGACAAUGCGACAUACAACGUAUUUUGAAUAAUUAAUAUAUAUUUGUCGUGCAACUUGUACUUAAUGUGUGACAGUACUUAAUGUACUCCGGUCUGUGUGUCUAAUUUUGUAAAUAUGCAUUUAUGCCACGUGAUCCAAAGAAAUAUGUAUAUCUAGAUAUAUAUGUGUGUACAGAUGUAUAUUUUAAUUUUUUCUCCAAAGAGUAAUAUAUAACGGAAAUACAUGUACUUAAACAUA